AUGUUCAAGAAAGAUCCACAACCAAAGGCAUCUGCAAAUAUCAAGUCUUCGGAGAGAAGAAAGUUACUUUCCGGUAUUUGCAACAGUUAUGGAAUUCCUCAGAAUGACUUGAACAAAGAGGCAGAACUCAAUAUACUUCCUUCCACCACCAAGCAAGCAAGUUACCAAAGUGUCCAGGGCCAUAAGGGUACCAUAUACUUUGAUGAGAACGAAACCCCGACUUGGUUUAAAACCAGAGACUCACAAUUAUAUCCAUCACUUUUUACCUGUUGGAAAGCAGCAUAUAUACUUCCUAAAAUUAUAACACAUCCUCAUGUUAUUAGAGUUUUAUCGGGCGGUGCAGAUCUCAUGUUACCUGGAACAGUACCUCCAUUUGACCCUAGGACCGUUAAAGGGUCAAUUGUUGGUAUUGUUGAUAGUGCAAAUCCAACGGUCAUUAAAGCAAUCGGUCGCUGUAAAUUGAAUUUACCACAGUUUACUCUGGUAAUUGGAAGAACUGGGAUUGCUGUUGAAGUGAUGCAUCAUUUGGAUGACGAAUUAUACAAGUUGAACAAAUUUGUAGAUAUUCCGAUUCCGGAGCAGGUGGUGGAUGAGGUUCCUUUAAAAGAACAUGAUCAAGAACCAAAGCCAACUGAAGAAGGCCACUCAGCCGAAGAUAAACACGAUGAGCAGCCCGUUCAUGACAAGGAAGAGCAGGAAGUUACUCAAGACGACGGAACAGCGGUCAAUGAUCCCGAUAGUGAUGAUCCUGAUGUUGAUAAUAUUGCAGAAGAAUUGACUACACUAACGGUGGAAGAGGUUGACAAUUUUUUCAUCAGAUCCUUAUUGCAAACAAUAAAAACAGAUAAAAUAGAAUUACCAAUUACAUCUUCAACAUUCAUGUCUAAUCAUAUCUAUAAGAACUUACCAGUGGUUGAUUCAAGCUACUGUAACAUUAAAAAAACCUCGUGGAAAAAAACAACCAAAUAUUUAAAGGCAAUGGAAAAACUAAAGUAUCUCACAGUUAAAGGUAAAGGUGAUGAUUUAUCGGUUGUCAGCUUAACAGGAUCAAACAAUCCUGCUGUUCAAAACUUUGUGGUUCAUAAGACCAUGGGUUCACUCAAGAAAGACACAAAUUCGACCACAACCACAACAGGUAAUAAGAAAGACAAGUCCCUGGAAUUGAACGUGGUGUAUCUUUAUAAGCCAACUAGUAAAUCGAGAAUGAUUUUCAACAAAACAGAGGAAGAUUUUCAAACCUGGUAUACUCAAAGUGAAGUAAGAGAUAUCUUGAAUAAAUACAUAAAAAUUCAAAAUUUGGUUAAUCCAAAAGAUCCCAAAAAGAUCAAUCUUGAUGAUAAUCUCAAUGCAAUGACGAGUUUGGGAAUCGGGGCCCAUCCAAGAGAUAAGUUGUUCAAAACCUUUUUAAGCAAUUUCUCUCCAUAUUACGUCGUAUUAAGACCUGGCGAAUCUUUAGAAGACGAUACGGUUCAAUUGAAUAAAGGCGAACCACCAACUAUCAAAAUCAUUACUCAAAUGAAAAUUGGCCGUAAAAUUAUUACCAGAAUCCUGAACUUCGAAAAAUUCUUCAUAAAACCUCAUAUACUUUCUGAUGAUUUGAAAGUGAAAUGCUCCGGUUCUACCACAAUUGGCCCUUGUGUUGAAAAUCCAGCCUUGACGGAAGUUACCGUGCAGGGCCCUCAUGGUAAAAUAAUCAUGGAAUAUCUAAACUCAAAAGGUAUACCAAAUACCUUUAUCAACUUCGAAGACAAGGUUAAGAAAAAGAAGAGACGUUAA